UCAGUUGUAAAAACAAAGAUGGCGGACGAAGUGACUAAGAAUUGACACAUCAAAACGGCGUAUAUUGUGCACAAAAUAUGGAGAUUGGACCCUCUCUACCACCUCAUCUUUUGAAGAAAAACAAGGAGGAGUUAAAUUCAUCUACGAUUCAUGAAGAAAGAGUUCAGAUAGGGCCAUGUUUGCCACCAAAUUUGUCAACUCAUGACAACGACCAAGUCGAAAAAGGCUAUGAACAAGAAGAAGACGAUUGUACUUACGGUCCUGCUUUACCUCCGCAUUUAGCCAAUACUAGCAAAUCAAGUGGAGUUGUUGGACCAUCUCUUCCAAUUGAUCCUAGACAAAGCAAAAAAGAGGAAAAUAUUGAUGAAGAAACAGGUCCAGUUAUUGGACCCAUGCCGUCCUCUUCGUCAACAGCUCAGCACUAUUCAAGUAUAGAAAGGGACAUUGAGGCAAGGUCAAAUGCAAUGAAGGAUAAAUUAACAGGGAAGAAUAAAGUCAAACAGAAGCGUGAGGAGUGGAUGACAGAAUUACCACCAGAAAUUGGCAAGAACUUUGGUCUUGGUGCUAGAAAGUUUCGAAAACAAGCAGUAGAUUGUGGAGAUCGCUCAGUUUGGACAGAUACUCCUUCAGACAGGAGCAAAAAACAGGAAAGAGAAGCUAGAAAGAGAACAGCAGAAGAAAGCAAAGCWCCAUGGGAAGAGGAAAAAGAGAGAAAUAUGAAUGAUAUGAUUCAGUCUUAUACAAAACAACAUCGAGGAGAAUCACUAAUGGAAAUUCAUCAACGAGAAUUAUCAAAGAAAAGAAAAGAAGAGGGAAUCAAACCCAAUGAAAGAAGACCUUUUGAUCGUGACAGAGAUCUAGGCUAUACAACAGUGGAUCCCGACAAGCGAAAAUCGUUAAUUAGCAAAUCUAAAGAACUAGAAACACGAUUCCACCGAUCAAAGUCUGGCUCAACUUUUCUGUGACAUGCCUAACCUGUGCAUGAGCGCAGUCAUAGAACUAURGCAUUUACUUUGACUGCCUAUCUAGAAUUAUAUGAAAACUGUGAUACAUUUGAGUAGGGCUGAUAUAAAUUGUACAGAUAACAGCAUUAUAGACAAAACAAUUGAUGUACAUGGUCUAUCAGGCUGAUAUAAACAGUAGCACAGGGAGUUACUUUGAUGCAUUUCCUGGUGAUCUAUUGACAGAAACGUGAAGCAAAUCUUUUAUAAAGUGUAAAGACAGCUCAA